GGGGGCCAUGCCGUGCCGGAGGGAGGAGGAAGAGGAAGCCGGCGAGGAAGCGGAGGGGGAGGAAGAGGAGGAGGACGACGACAGCUUCCUCCUGCUGGAGCAGUCGGUGACGCUGGGCGGCUCGGGCGAGGUUGACCGGCUGGUGGCCCAGAUCGGCGAGACUCUGCAGCUGGACGCGGCGCAGGACAGCCCGGCCUCCCCGUGCCCGCCCCCGGGGCCGCCGCUGCAGCCCCCGCGGCCCCCGGCGGCGGUGCGGGCGGACAAGGCUCGGUCCCCGAGGCUGCCGCCGCUUCUGCCGCCCGCGCCGGCCGAGGCGGUGGGCCCGGCGCCCCCGGGGGCCCUGCGCUGCGCCCUCGGGGACCGCGGCCGCGUGCGGGGCCGGGCUGCGCCCUACUUUGUGGCCGAGCUCGCCGCAGGCCCGAGCGCGCUCCCUGGGCCGUGCCGGCGAGGAUGGCUGCGGGGUGCCGUCGCCUCCCGCCGCCUGCAACAGCGACGAUGGCCCCCAGCUGGGGCGCGCGCCCGAGACGACGACCCGCACCGGCUCCUGCAGCAGCUCGUGCUCUCGGGGAACCUCAUCAAGGAAGCCGUGCGGAGGCUCCAGCGAGCCGUCGCCGCAGUUGCAGCCACCGGCCCCGCGGGUGCCCCUGGGGCCGGGGGCGGCUGCAGCGGACCGGACCCCGUCGCCCUGCAGCCCUCCGGCACCUUGCACUGACCCAGGGCGCCUGGAGGAGGAAGAGGAGGCCCGUGCGUGGACCCAACAGCGUCCUGCCCUCACCAUCCCUGAGCUGAAGCCGCCGUCGCCGUCCUGGGAGCGACCGCCUAGGCUGCGGGGUUGCGCGUGGGGAGACACCACAAAUCGAGAAGUUGCUGGCCCCGGCGAGGCUGUCAGAGAAAAGUUGAGCGUGGAGAAAAGCACCGGCCAGUGUUCGUCCGUGCCGCGUGAGAAUUUCCCGGGCCACCUCGGGGCCAAGGACCUGGAAUAAACUGGGAGAACUGUGGCAGCUACUUGCACCCACUUUUACCUGAAUUAACCCUUAGGGGCAUGGUGUACUUGGAUUGUUUAAAGAGAGGGCUCCAAGGGUCGGGAAUCGCGAGGGCUUUAUAACAAUACUUGAAAACUAAUGACACGAAUACAUUUUCUUUAUUUUCCGGUGGAGGAGCUUAGUGAAAAUGGUGCUACAAUUGCUGUGCAAAGAAAUUCCGGAGGGAAGAAGAAUGUAAAACCUUGGGUGGUGGGUGGGUUGGCAUCGCCCCUUUUCCCCAAUCUAAUUGGUGGCUGGUGGAGGUGGGAGAUGUGGACUCCAGUGAGGGGGUGGGAGGGAGGUGGAGAAUUUUCAAAGCGGGUAGAGUUGGAGUUGAAUGUGGACUUUUAAACGACUUGACCUUGCCACCUGGGGUUCAAGGUCAUGUCCUGCUGUAGGUCCAAGGCUGUGGGGUUCCUGGGAGAGCUAACUCACGCCUGUAUCUUUUCUUCCUCUUGCCCUAAAAAGAGCCCUGUCUGUGCUUUGCUACCUCUUGGAGUCUCCCGAGGACACAGACGCGGAGAGGGAGGUGUGGGGAGAGAUUUGUUUUUUCUGAGCUUUCCUCUUUCCAGAACUCCUCCUCCUCCUCCCCUGAGGCCACUCUUGGCCAUGCCAGGAGCUUUCUCAGAAAGCCAUAAACAAUCUCUCGGGUCUGCCUCCUGUCCUCCCAGCUGGCUUUUCUUAUUUCACCCUUCCUGGUGUCUGCUCGGGAUGGGUGAGACCCUGGAUGUUCUGCUCCCCUUCUGGCCCUCUGCAGCCGUGGUUCUGAGCCUCCCUGGGUCCUCACCCCUCACAAUUUCCUCCUGCUGCCAGCUCUUCUUUGUGAGUGACUGAAACCGUUUUUAAAAUGUGACUCUCUGAGAGGAGAAACCACUGGCUUUACCCUUGUGAAACUUGACGGCGCUUUAAGUAAGGUGCCACCCCCAAACUUUAAGGUAGCUAAACCAAUUUUUUAAAAAAGAUUCAAUGGCGUGUUCAUCCUCCAGAUGUAGCUAUUGACGUACACUUCGCACCGGAGUGUCUGAAAUUGUGGUGGUCCUGAUUUAUAGGAUUUCUUAAUUAAAAUGUCUGCUGAAUAAAUUUGGUUUUUGUUUUGGA